CGAGUUUGAAGUCAAGGACGCGUGAGCGCCUGGUCGCUUUUCAUCGUUUUCUUUAAUGGUAAUUCGUCUCCGAUCAUCAGUUUUCUGUUAGCAACAUUUAUAAAUCACAAGGACAUGAUUCGGCUCAGUAGAAUAACGAAAAUGUUUUCAGAAACAGUCUUCAUUCAGAAGACAAGUUCUGUUCCUUCGAUAACAAGAAAACUUUCUACUAACAUUUGCCUAUCAGCUCCUUCUGAUUGUGCCCUUCCUGAGCCUCCGUUGCCACCUAACAAAGAAGCCAUUUUGAAUACUUUGGGUGAACCAACUCUUUCCUCUCUGGGUUUGAAUAGCUAUUGGCCUUCGGGUUGGUAUCAAUGCUUGUUGGAGACUCUACAUGUGAACCUAGAUUUACCAUGGUGGGGCGCUAUUGCGGCUUCAACUGUUUUAAUUCGUUUAUGUGUGUUUCCUGUCAUGGUGCGUCAACGACGUCAUUUGGCUGAAUAUACAAAUGUGAUGCCUCAAGUCGCUAUCCUACAGGAAAGUUUGACACGUGCUAGACUCUCUGGAAACUAUAUUGAAAGCAAGUUUCACUAACACCAUUUUGAUAGAUUCAUAUUUUUUGUUUUCAACCAACUGCCUAUGUUAUAAUGGAAAAUUUAAUGUCACAAUUGCCCACUCGAAGUGUACUAUGUCUAAUAUAUAUUUCUUUACAUCUUAGGACGUAAAGACGUUUAGUUGGAAAAAGUGCUAUAUACGCGUUCGCCUAUAGAGUAAUGCCUCCUAAAUUUUUGUUUGGUGAGGUCUCGAGGAAAGCCUCGAAGGUUAAUUUGACGGUUGGUAAGAAGAAGAGGAGGAGGAAAGAGUUAUCCUAUUUACAUAUACAAAACCCUUCUUCAAGUUCAUCCUGUAACUGGUAUCCCAUCAAAGUCAAUGUCGAUCAUGAACUCGUUUGUGAACGAUAUCUUUAAGCUCAUUGUUUCAGAAGCCAGCCGGCUAUCUCACUACACCAAGAAGUCGACAAUUUCAAGCCGAGAAGAGCAGACAGCAGUCUGAUUGCUGUUGCCCAGUCGAUUGGCAGAACACACUGUAUCUCAAGGCACGAAUGCAGUGACGAAGUACAAUGGGUCUAAAUAUUUUGUCUGGAGUUUGUGAGUAAAGAACGCCGUGUUACAAAGACACGACCACAUGUUUACAGAAGGUUUGGGAGAAUGCACGAAGGCUGAAGCAUCACUAACCCUCAGACUUGGACCUACUCCCGUUUAUCGAUUUCACAGACCUAUGCCUUGUUCUGCCCUCCUAGUAGUCGAACAUGAACUAGAACGGAUCCCGAAAAUAGGUUUUAUUGAACCUGUGAACUCGGUUCGGAAUGCACUAAUAGUGCUGUUCAGGAAAUCCAACAGCGCCGUUCAAUUAUGUGCAGACUACUCCGCUGGACUAAAUGAAGCUUUAGAGUUUCUCCAGUAUCUUAUACCUUAACCUGAAGGUCUCUUCGCCAAGCUAAACGAUGGCAAGUAUUUUGCAAAAUUGGAGUUAUCAGACCCCUAUUUACAAAUUCCUGUAGCUGAUGAAAGUAAAGAUCUAACGAUCAACACAUACAAGGGGCUGUUCCGAUGUAACCGACUGUCCUUCGAAGUUAAGACGGCACUCUAUUUUCCAGCAAAUUUUGGAUACUAUGUUGCAAGGCAUUCCAGGAGCGGCGUCUUAUUUGGACGAUACCAUAAUCAGUAGAGCAGACAAAAUGGACUUGUAGAAAACUCUUACUACUUACGCACUAUGAUCCAGCCCUUCCUAUUGUGGUCGCAGCAAAUGCGUCAGAUUAUGGAGUUGGAGUAAUGAUUUCGCAUAUCUACCCCGACGGAUCUGAGAAAGCGACUGCACACUCUGCAUGAUCAUUGACAACGACAGAAAAGAACUACAGCCGGAUAGAGAAGGAAGCCAUCUCCAUUAUGUUCGCUGUAAAAAGGUUUCACGAGAUGCUGUUUGGCAGACAGUUUACGUUCCUAACAGACCACGAACCACUAAUGGCUGUUUUUGGAUCGAAGAAGGUUAUCCCUGUUUAUACAGCGAACCGUCUGCAACGAUGGGCAACUACACUGCUGGGGUACGAUUUCAAGAUAAAGUAUCAACCGACAACGGAUUUCGGACAGGCGUAUGUCCUCUCAAGAUUAAUUGGCUCCUAUUCAAAACAAGAUGUGCUUGUAGCUACCGUAGAAGCUAAGGCCGAAGUUCGCAGUGUUGACAGACGCAGUUUCUGGACUUCCAUUCACAUUCGAGGCCAUUGAAGGAGCUAGCGAAAAGGAUGAUACGUUGAAGAUCAUUCGCCGUUUUAUACUCAACAAGUUGCCUUCACUUCGACCCCAUAAGGAGCUUUUACAUUACUUUCCUCGGUGAGACUCCUUGACAAUUGUCGAUUCGUGCACCAUCCUUGGCUACCGUACCGUUAUCUUUAAAAUUCCUCGACAUCGAAUCCAGAAUUAGUUCCAUAGCGAGCACCUAGUAAUUGGUAAACUUAAGUCACUAGCUCAGAGAUACACAUGCUAGCCGUCAAUGGACCGUGAUAUAGAACAAGAGUGUCGUAGCUGUUGGUCCUGUCUAGAAGCCACAAAGGGCCCGAGCAAUAAGUCUUACGCAAGAGACUUUAAAGGGGGAUAUGUGUGGACAACCUCCGGGUGAACUCAAAGAAGCUCGGAAAGAGUUAAAAACAUUCUACCCAAUCAUCUUUUGGAAUAACAUUUCAGAAUCUUCCCGAUUGGACAAAUGCCAAAAACCACUGCACGCGGAUUGGAUGAUUGUAAUGAUGAUUUCGUUUUUACUAAAAAACUAUAAAUAGUUGAGAGUCUUGUACCAUAUUUGACACUGUUUAGAAUAACAUCUCUUCACACCCAUCUUCUAACUUGCAACCUGAAGGGUUCUAGCGUCAGAGUGCUCAAGUAGUACGCAGUAUGGUAAAAAUCAAGCUUUAGAUAUAACAGUGUAUACAAUGUAUAGGAUUGAUAUCUAAGUGUGAAUUUAUGUUAUUCGUUGUAUUAGAAUAAAUUAUCAUUUUUAUUAUAAUCAGCUUUAUUCAAUAUUAUCUUUUUGGUACAAUAUAGAAUUCUCAGCGUAAAGUAUUUCGACAAGUUUCCGUUUCUUUCUUCUUGGUCGGUCCUGGCGAUAAAUAUUGAGUGAUCGCCAGUUAGAUGUUAGCAGUUCAGUAAAUGAACAUCUGAAUAAUGUGCAUUCUUUUCGCUGUAUAUUGCCAGCAACCACAUUGCCUCUUAUUGAGUUUUUUGUAACUUUGACAACGAAAGGUUGUACACUUUUCAGAAACGCAGCAGAAUAGGUUAUGCGAUUAAUAAACAUAAUGAUAUAUUAAAACAACCAAAAAUAGAUAACUUGUUGAAAUAUCUAGAUGGCAGGAACAGGUAGCCCAGAUGCUCAAGCAGGCCGCCCUUUAUGUAUUCCAUCAAGCUUUCCACCAAUUGACGUAUUUUUUACUGAUAUUUACUAUCUGUUGUAUGAA